UGGGAGGUCCUCCCGGCAUUUUGGCUUUCCGGCGAAACUCUACCAUGAUUGCCGGAGUUCUUGCUGGAAAAGCUCCCAAUCCCGAAUUUCCAGCGACUAGGGUGAUGGCCAUUCACGAAUUCGUCCCUCUAGUGCAUGAAAUCAUGCCUGAGAAGCUGUUGGAUGGGACUAAAGACGACAUUCUCUUGCCGGAUCUGAAGCCAUCGGAAAACAGAGCAUUGAUGGAGUUGAGGGCCAAAUUAGAAGACGCCAUUGUCAAUAAUAGGUUUCCAAAGCCAGAAAAUGACUGGAAGAAUGCGACCCAAUAUGUUGCGCCAAUCCAGAACACGUCAGAAAGGACCCAAUUGGCAAAACUUCCCGGUGAAUCGAAAAAUUCAAAGAUUAUCGAGAACAAAGGAAUCGAAUUAUGGGGUGUCCCUCUUUUACCAAGCUUGGGCCAUGAAGGCGCGGACAUAAUUCUAAUGAAAUUCUUAAAAGCAAGGGAUUUCAAGGCCUCAGAGGCCUUCGAUAUGUUGUGGAAAACACUAAUUUGGCGAAAGGAAUUUAGGAUCGAUGAUGCAUUGGACGAGGAAUACGGGGAGGGAUUGGAGUCUGUUGCUUAUAUGAAUGGCACUGAUCGGAAAGGUCAUCCCAUUUGUUACAACUCUUAUGGGGCCUUCCAUGAUAAGGUUCUGUACCAAAAGGCAUUUGGUAGUGAAGAGAACUGUGAGAAAUUCAUGAGAUGGAGGUUUCAGUUCUUGGAGAAGAGCAUAAAGAAGCUGAAGUUCAAGGCAGGAGAGGUACAUUCCAUGCUUCAAAUAACGGACCUUAAGAACUCGCCCGGACCGUCGAAGAAGGAGCUUCGAGCUGCUACCAAGAAGGCAAUCCUACUGCUUCAAGACAACUACCCUGAGCUUGUGGCCAAAAAUGUGUUCGUCAAUGUGCCUUUCUGGUAUUAUGCCUUCAAUGCAGUAUUAUCAACCAUCUUGACACAGCGCACCACAAGCAAAUUCAUCUUUGCUCGUCCAUCUCGAGUCAUGGAGACUCUUCUCAAGUUUAUUGCUCCAGAAGACAUACCAAUUAAAUAUGGUGGCUUUAAAAGAGAGAAUGAUGAGGAGUUUAGCUCUAUAAAUGGUGCAGUUUCAAAGUCACGGGUCAAAGGCAGAGCAACAGAAACUAUUCAAUUUCAUGCUCCUAUGGCAGGGUUCACAUUUGUCUGGGAUGUAACAGUGGUGGGUGGAGAAGUAAGCUACAAGGAGGAGUUCAUACCAGAGGAUGAGGGCUCAUAUAUAGUCUUGAUCCAAAAAGAGAAGAAAAUCACAACUUUUGAAGAACCCAUCAGAAACUCCUUCCAUAUUUCAGAGCCUGGAAAGGUAGUGAUCACCAUUGAUAAUUCCACCUUUUGGAAAAAGAAAAUCCUUUAUAGAACAAAAUCAAAGAGAACAGUUAUUCCUGGGAGCCACAGAGAAUUGUCAUUCAGUGACCCAUAUGCAUUUCGUGGAAUAGAAUUGUGAUUUGAGAAACUCAAAAUGGGGUUGAGGUCAUGGUGGUAGUGCCACUUGAGCCUUAGUUAUUGGUCUAAGUUUUUAUUACCACUGACACAUGAAAACCAACAAUUAUUUCUAAAAUGGGUACAGACUUGUAUUCCCCAUUUAUUUACCCGAAAAAACAAAAAAAAAAGUUAAGAAUGUAAUUUUUUUAUUCGUUCAUUCAUUUAUAUUGGUUAUUGUGGUAUGGAGAGAAGAAAGAAAAGAAAAAAGAGGACAUGGAUUGGCAAG